CCCGCUUGAACCCUUAAAAAGGGAUCGCUCUUCAGAGUUCAGUCUCUUCUCUUCACUUCCCCUUUCCGUACAUACAAAACGUACACGCUUCUUAAUGGAGUUCACUUGCCCAGAAAACAAACCGGCCGGUCAAGGAAAGGCAAUCGAAGAGCUCCAACAAGGUUUCGAGCUCGCAAAACAACUUCAGAGUCUCAUUACUAGAUCUUCACCAGGAGACAAGGAGAAGUCUAUAUACUCAUCAUCUGAUGAUCUACUUAAGAGGAUAUCGAAUUCCUUCAGUUAUGCUAUUUCGUUAUUAAUCGAUAAUGUUGAGCUCAGUGAAGUUAAUCAGUCUCCGGCGAGUAUGGCUGGCCGGAAGUCGGAGGAUUCCGAGGAGAGUAGCAAGAGUACUACUACGAUGGUAAAAGGUCGAAGAGGAUGCUACAAGAGAAGUUGCAGAAAAACGGAAGAAGAAGCAUGGACAACAGAAACCCUAAAUUGGGUGGAGGAUGGACAUGCGUGGAGAAAGUAUGGCCAGAAAGUGAUCCUCAAUUGCAAAUACCCAAGGAACUACUACAGGUGCACAAACAAGUCAGAUGGUUGCCCAGCAACGAAACAUGUGCAACAAAUCAGAGAUGAUCCCCCAACAUACCGUACAACACAUUAUGGCAACCAUACAUGCCAAGAUUUGCUUAACCAAUCUCAAAUGUUGUUGGAAGAUAAUUAUGAUUAUGCUGCCGACUCUUCUUUUCUUAUCAGCUUUGAUAACAGCAGUAACCUCAAGAACAAACAACAAGAUCAUAACACCAUCUUUAAUCCCUUUCUCUCCUCAUUUUCCUCCUCCUCGCUUUCAGUAAAGCACCUGGAGAACAACGUUGACCAUAAUUGUCCUGUGGCACAAUGUGGUUUGACCCAAAUCCAACCCUCAUUGUCCGAUCAUCUCUUCUCUCCUGAAGAAUGGACUGCCUUUCAAUCAUUUUUUCAUCCUGAUCAAACGGAUGCCAUUUCUCGCACUGCCGGAACUCAUCGCAACUUUGACAUGGGAUGCAUUGAUCGCUUUGAGGAUGAUUUGCUUAAACAAUACGGGUUCGAGUAAUUUUGAUGCAGAUUUAUAAUCAAAUAUCUUAGAGUUUAUGAGAGCUGCCUUGUCUGUUUUUUCUUUGCGGGUUAUGUAUUUCAUGUUCUUGUAUAUUCAUAUUGGAUGCAUGAGUGUUUCAAAUAUUCAGCGAGUUUGAGAGAUCAAGACGGUAUUGUGAAGAAAAAAAAAAAUAGUGUGUUUUUUCUUCUCAAGCAAUUUAUAUACCUAUAAUUUUCAUGACAAGGAAACAAUGUUGAUCGGUGGAAUUGAUCAACAUUUCUACAAUUGUUGUUACUGUAAACAAGUCCUAUAAUUAUUCUAUUACUGUUAUCUAUGUUCACCACUUGUA